UGCUGCUCAGGCACAGGGACCGCCCACAGGGGCAUGUGUUGUUUCUUAGUAGCAGUAGCUGUUCAUGAGCUAAGUUAACCUAAAAAAAGCUCCGUGACCAUAAAUCCGAUAGGUUUCGAUAUAAAGAAAAAUGUUACUCGUUAGAGUAAAAUCCAAUCUUUUCGGAAAAGUUCGAAGUUCAGUAGUGAGAAUUAAACAACAGGAAUACAGUGUUCCAGUGGUAAACCAAACAGAAACUGAACCGCAGUAUCCUCCGAUUAAGGAUCUUUUUUUCAAGGCACAUUUUAAAAGACAACGCGAAGAAUUGGCUAAAGGUAUCGCAGAUGCAAGAACGGUUGAAGAAAAAAUGAUUAAAUUGAACAUGCCACGUUAUUACGGCUUUCGAUCGGUUAUGUUGACCGAAUCAAAUCUUCAAUACAAUGCCAUCGAUCAAAUCCAAUACAUUACGCGAACGCAUGUACCGAAAGAGCCCGGUUUACCUUCAUAUUAUGAUCACGUCAUCACGCCGGAAGGUCUUCAAGAAAAUAUUACAAAAAUCAAGGAGUCGAUCGAAGAUUGCCUCGUUUUUGAAUAUACCAGCAGAAAGUAUAAGGAAGAAUUUGAAAAAGAGAAUCUGGAUAAUCCAACAAUGAUCGACGAUGUACUGAGCAAAGCCGUAAGCAAAAAAGUACACCAAUCCCUCGUUUCGGGGUUAGCUCCAGAACAUCCACAUUUAUUGGAAGCAGAAGUAGAUUUUGACCCACGAAUAGAAGCAUUUUGGUUCACGGGUGGACUUGAAACUCCUACAUGCGUUAAACUUUGGAGACGCACAGCGGCAUAUAAAAAUCGCAAGAAACUGAAUAAAAGACCAGACGAUUAUCCAGAUUAUCCAUGUGACAGAGGCUUCCAGUUCAUUGGAGAUCCGAAUUUUCAACUAAGGCACAACUUACCUUUGCCUGAAAUAAUACCUUUGUCAGAAUCAGAAAAUCCAGCAUUUGAUGUGCCCGUGUCCAAAUAUGAACCAAAGACUUUGAAUUAUUGGGGCGGAAGAAGACACGGCACAAACAUUCCUGGCUUUUGGCCUGGGGAUAAAAGUGAACAUGGCUUUAUUUCUUACCACAAGAGCGGAUACUUGAAAUCUCGACCCUAUGAUGAUACUCCCGAUGCUCUCAGAGCUCAAGCUAUUCUGGGCUCGUGGGGAUGGCUCUUAGCUCAAGCUUGCAAUUUAGGAUUCUCUACCUUUAACGAGAUUACGUAUCCUCUGACGAACCAGAUGGUAAUCACUAACGGCAAAUGGUGGACUUUUUGCGUCUACCAGCUGAACACCACUCUCAUGCAUAGUUGGUACAACGACGAGAAUCCUCGACGAAAUAUCUGUUGGAUGUCUGAACCGAUGAAGUUGUUCGACAAAAUUGAAAAUGGACAAGUGCACGGGCUUAACGAAAAAGUUCUCGAGCAUCUUGUCAAAUUUUACGUGAAUCAACCACGCGAAAGAGAAGGCGUGCAAAUGAAGCCCUACCUCCAAAAUGGCGAUGGGCUCAUUGCUAAUGUUGUUGGUGACAUGAAAAGGGUCUGGCUCGAAAAACAUUUCAAACAUUUGCUGUCUAACAGACCUCGUCACAGGCCGUUACCGGAGGUUCAUCAAUGGAAGGAUAUAUAUAUACGAAGACACAAAACAAGACCGUUCGAUAAGAAACGUUCUCCAUGGGAAUUUGGCAUUCAAUCAUACAUGCGACGACUUGACGAGCACUAUCCAAAAUAUAUUCCAAGAAUUGUGAGAGGGGACAAGCGCAAUCCAAAAUGGGAGAAGACUUACUAUCCAUGAUAAAUAAAAAAAUAUUCAAAUGUAGAUAUUGAACACUUUAUAAAUCAUUGAAUGAUUUUUCACGCUU